GUCUAAAUUUAUUGGGAGAAAACACCCACUUUGGGUGUUCCUUUUCACUGUUAUCAUAGAAUCUGGUGAGAAAAAAAAAGAAAUGGGAGUUGAUUUGAGGCAAGUAGUGGCUGCUGUACUCACUCUUACCAUGUUUGUGAUGCUUGGUCAAAUGAUUAAAAGAGACCAUUUUGAUUCUCUUCGAGAAACACUACCUGGAGAAAGUCUGGAUGUUCAAUUCAACGGUGCCAAUACGAUCGCGCACGAUGGCCUUGUAAAACUUUCUAAGAGGAGUAAAGGACCUUGGAUGGAGGGCAUCCAAGAGCUAAAGCCAUGUUGGAGCAAGGCGGAUUCCGAUGAGAUCGGGCAGUCGAGAGGGUAUGUUACUUUCUCGUUGACGAAUGGUCCAGAAUACCAUGUCUCUCAGAUAGCCGAUGCUGUAGUCGUAGCAAGUUAUCUGUCGGCAACUCUUGUACUUCCGGAUAUUAGAGGAAGCAAACCUGGUGAUGGGAGAAACUUUGAAGAUAUUUAUGAUGUCGAGAAGUUCAUGAAAAGCCUGGAUGGGAUUGUCAAAGUAGUGAAAGAGUUGCCGAAUGAAAUAUCAAUCAGGGAUCUUGCAGCUGUGAAGGUUCCCAAUCGGGUCACCAAAGAUCACAUUGUGGAAAGUGUAGAACCGAUAUUUAGAUCGAAGGGCAACAUAAGGCUCGCAACGUACUUCCCUACCUUGAAUAUGAGAAGAACCGCACAAAAGACUAGUGUCGAUUCUGUCGCAUGUUUGGGAAUGUUUGGAACCUUAGAGUUGCAAGCAGAGGCUGUUGAAGUUAUUGAUUCGAUGAUUGAACGGCUUAGAACAUUGAGUUGCAAAUCGGAUGGCCAGUUUAUAGCAGUGGACUUGAGGGUUGAUAUACUAAAAAAUAAGAAUUGCCAUGAAAGUCGCUCUACCAGGGUGAAAAAUUGUUAUAAUGCGCAGGAGAUAGCUUUGUUCUUGAGGAAGGUCGGAUUCGAUAUAGAUACCACCAUUUACCUGACUCAAUCAAGGUGGGAAAACAGCCUGAGUGUCUUGAAGGAUAUCUUCCCUAAGACAUACACAAAAGAAACCAUAAUGCCUGAGGAGAAAAAGGGAAAGUUCCUUGAAUAUGAAGAUUCAGAAUUUGAAAAGGUUAUAGAUCUCUACAUAUGUUCUCAGAGUGAUGUCUUUGUACCAGCCAUCUCCGGCCUGUUUUAUGCCAAUGUAGCUGGAAAAAGAAUAGCUUCAGGGAAACCUCAAAUCCUUGUACCGGCUGACAUAUCUGGUACGUCUGCCACAGUCACCAACUACCUCUCUCCCUACGUUGCCAAGAAGAACCACUUGGCUUAUUCGUGUUUUUGCUAGCCCUCCGUUCCGGAGGAACUUCGAAAGGGUGUUGGUUCGACGCAUGAAUCUGUAGAAGCCUUGUAAAAGGGUCCCGGGUCUUCCCAUUUACCUCGGUUCAAGUCUCUUUGAGUAAGUAGAGGGAAAGACCAACUUUGGCGUUCAUACUUGGGUGUCAAGUGCCCUUGAUAAAGGUUAUCCGUUAAGAUGAUUUUUGGUUUUUCAGUAGAGUAAGAAAUGUUAUAGGGUUUGAGUUAAUAUAUUGCUUGAUGAUAGGCAAAACUUCAUCGAACUGUCAUGUCUUUAAUUUAUAUAAAGAACAUUUUUUAGA